CUCAGGUAAUCCGGAAGGAAGGAGCAACUUCAUCCCGGGAGGUGCUGGUGGCACAGGUACUGCCCGGUGCUUCUCCUCUCUGUGCAGCAGCUCAGUCUGGAGCCAGAGUGUAGAAGGUGUCAGAAGACCUCGGAUGCUACCAGGCCCUCCCCAUGGCAUCAGGGGUGCAGAGACUGAAUGAGGUCAUGGAGGGAAAAGUGCUUUGGAAACCACAAGCAGUUUUUCCAAGGGCAGCAAGGCCUCCCCUUUGGAGGAGAGACAGCCUGCCAUCCCUUGGGGAAGAGACCUUGCAGGAUGCAAGCCUUCAGAAUCUGGGAUGUUAACCAGAAGACCUUCUACCUAAGGAAUAACCAACUGGUUGCCGGAUACUUGCAAGGACCAAGUACUAAAUUAGAAGAAAAGUUAAACGUGGUGCCCAUUGAGUCUCAUGCCAUGUUCCUGGGGAUCCAUGGGGGGAAGCUCUGCCUGGCCUGUGUCAAGUCUGGUGAUGAGACUAGGCUCCAGCUGGAGGCAGUUAACAUCACUGACCUGAGCAAGAACAAGGAGCAAGAUAAGCGCUUCACGUUCAUCCGCUCAGACAGCGGCCCCACCACCAGCUUCGAGUCUGCUGCCUGCCCAGGCUGGUUCCUCUGCACAGCCCUGGAGGCCGACCGGCCCGUCAGCCUCACCAACACGCCCGAGGAGGCCAUGUUGGUCACCAAGUUCUACUUCCAGAUGGAACGUUAGUGUGUCUGUACCUCACUUCCCCCACUCCCAACGUCGAUGACUCCAGAGACACGUCUCCACCCUGCCCGACGUCUCCUGGCUGUUGUGGGGCUCUGAGGAGCAGCCUUGGUGGGGUGGACCCUCAGAAGGAUAUGCAAGAGCCCUGCAAACAGGACUCCAGCAGCUCCUCCUCAGCUAACCAACCUCCAUGCUGCCUCCACAGCGGUCUUUCUAAAGUGCAGCUUGAGCCACAGCACUGCUCCAAGCCUUUCAGUGCUGCCUGUGGCUUCCGGACAAAAGCCAGGCGCCUUGGCCAGCCUGGCCCUCUGCUCUCCUCUCGCCGACUCCUCACCCUCCUGCCUUGCCCCAGUGUCCAUGUCCCGGAUCCCUCCUGUCACUCGCUGGCCUGCCCAACCUUGUUUUGCAAGCUGUCUCGUGGGGGAAGCCUUUAGAGUCUGUGGCAAAACGGAAGAUAAGGAUUUCAUCUUUUUUUUUUCAAAGCCAGUUGCAUCCAAUUUGAAGGAGAGUCCUUUAUUUGGAGACUGUCCUUUCUGGAAAGGAGCAGGGGAGGGUGAAAGCAACUCUCCUUUUUCAUUUACCUGUCUUAUUUUUGUAACAACUCAACCUAAAAAAAUGAAAAGUCAGCGUAUUUUGUUGGUCCCCGCAAUUUUUCUUUCUGUAACAUUCCUGAAGUCUGGACUCCACUGACCAGGCCCCAGUACCGUCUCUACUCCAGACCUUUUACAGCUGCGGGCAGUGCUUUCCUCCCCCAUCCGACCCAUCAAAAGCUCCCAACCCCCAGGGCACAGCACAGGAGCAGCCCCCCUGGUGUUCUUUCCACGUCUCCUGGGAGGGAGGAAUUGCUCUUGGACCAUUUUAGCACUUCUGACAUUCUGAGACUUGUUUGAAAGAUGGUUGAGCCUCUGUCUGUCUCCUGCACCAGACUGUGAGCUCCUGAGAGCAGGGAGCAUGGCUUGUGUGUUUCAGGUCCCCGCGGGGGCCGAACACAUGACCUGGCCCUUAGCAGGUGCUCAGUGAAUGUGUGUUGUAUAUGUUAAGUGGAAAGUUUUCUACUCCCUGUGACUUAUGCUCUGUUUUACAAUAAAAUGUUGAAAAUUCA